UGACCUUCCGACGCUCGUAACAGCAUUCUAGUUGCAUGACUGUCCGGGGACCGAGAACUAUGUCAGCCAAACAUGUAUUCAAACGAGUACGACGACGGUUCGCUUAUGAAUUCUUAUAUUAAAUGGAGUACAAGAUUAGCAAGACUCCAUCAACGUACCCUGAGGAUCGUCCAGGAGUACGAGCACAUGCACCGCGACGACGAAGGUCCGUGGUCGAACUGAAACAAACGAUCUCGACAGAGAGCGAGGAGGUGAAGGCCGACGAGGAGUUCUGCUCGAAAUGCAGAGGAGUGACCACAGAUGGGGAAGAGAACACAGCUUCGUUUCCUCAUAUCCAAGAUCUCUGUCCAGCAGACAGGAAAAGGAUAGCCCAGCUGGUUAAGCAGUUAAUCAAGUGCACCAAGGAGAUGCGAAACGCGAAGUCUGAAUUGGCUGUCAGUGAAUCUGAGAAGGAGGCCAUGAAGAAUCAGUACCAAAUGAUGCUGGAUCGUCGAGAAACAGAGAAGAAACAAUUGGAAUAUCAGUUGAACCAAGCACAAGGGGAAACGAACGAAUUGAAGACUCGAAUUUCCCGAAUUCUCGAGCUACUGACACGACAGAUCGCCGCGCAGGAGAAACAAUUUUUAGAACUCACCGAAACAGUAAGAGAUUUAGUGCGGGAAAAAUCCAUGUUACAAAACGUUCUCGUUGAAAAGCAGACAGAAAGCAAUACCCUGAGGGGCAAGUUUCAAAGAACAAAAGAGCUACUUGAAGCGGAGAGAUUGGAGAGAUGUAAGAACGUGGUGGAGAUGGUUCAUCGAGCUUGUCAAACCGAUCUAUCAGAGAUAGCACUUUUUGAUAAGAAAAGCGUUCAGGGAGAAUGCGAUAAAGAAUCCACCUCGAGUCGUUCGCAAAAGGUACGAAUAAAGAGGAGAAAUGAUUUAGAAGAAGCGUCAACUGAAAGUAUAUUGUUGAGGGAACUAUUCUUCAGGAGGCCGAGUGUCGAGGAAAACGGAGCUUUAGAUGUCAUACCAGUUCUGUCGGAAACAGAUUUGCAAACGAAACGUUCCAACUCUAUUCCUUUUAUUUGAUCUGUUACUCAAACUUUUGGAAUUUUAUUCGCAUGAAAUAAAUCAUACAACUUGAUACAA